AUGGCAGGUUCAGAUUUGCCUUUCCCAAACAAUGCAAGGUCGGAAAAUACAUCGCUAUUUGGUGCUGCUCGCUUUGGAAGAAAGAAGAGAACCAUCUUCUUCUUGUUGCUCGUUGCCAUCUUUUUCAUCUUAUGGUUCAACUCUGAUUUAGAUCGCUCCAGUUCAAGUAUCACAUCUCAUGUGCCUGACGAUGCUACUGGCAUCAGCCCUGAUAGUCAGAAGUCUGGAGUUGCCGAGAAUGAUAAGAAACCCUCUCCAAAGGUAGACUUGGAGGUGGAGGAGGAAGAGGAGGCAAACCAGAUAGAAGAAGAGGAAGCCUUGAACGAGGAAAUUCAAAAAGAAGCCGUUCCUACUAGAAAGCCUACUACCAACACAAACACCUCAAGUAAAAAACCUAGCAACUCGGUUACUACCAUCAAGAUGCAGCCUCAACACUUCAAAUACUUUAUCGUGAUCGCUUCCCGAGCCACCAAUCUCAGUCGUCGACAAUUGAUUCGUAACACAUACUUUGGCUUGGGUGAUAAUAUCGAGCCAUGUAUGAAGAGAGAUAAGGGCUUGAACUAUCUUUUCUGGAUUUAUGGUGAUGAGCCCGCUGCCAAAACCCCUGAACGCCGUUUAUAUGAAACUGAAAAGAUGGAGUGGAAUGAUUUGGAAAAAGUCAAUGCUAAAUCAUACAAUCAAGACGAAAUCUUGAAAUGGGCCAGUUCUACUUUAAGCGAAAGAGGUGUAACUUUUGACUACUUGAUCAUUCAAGAUGGCUACUCGCUUAUCCAGCUCAACUAUAUCCAGCAACAAAUUCAGUCUGAAGUAGGUAAAAUGUGGGAGGUUGGAAAGACUGCAAAUGAUAUUGCUUGGGUGUCUCCAAAGAACAGUAAUGUUCUUGUGGCUGGUGUGGAUGCUGUCAAGAAGCUGUUGGAACGUGAAUCUGACAUGAAGGAUGUUGUUGCUGAGGGUGGCGCUACUUUGAUGACAAACUUCUACGAGUUCUACAGAUCCAUCACGGUCCAACUCAAGCAUAUCACUGCUAAAAAGCAAGUAGAGCGUUUGCAAAGCUUCAAGAACGAAUUGCCCAUCUUUAUUGAUGAUCACACCCGCUUCAACACUUGGGGAAACAAUGUUGAAUCCAUUCCAGACAUGACCAUUGCCGUUUCCAACAUUUACCAGGACACUGAUUUCACCGCUGUCGCAAAAGCUUUAAACGUUGGGGUUGCCUCCCUAUGUAAACCAUUUGAAAAGGCUAGCAUUGCCGUAGUAACCUCCUCAUUCAUCUACCCUGAUAGCUGUAUGGAGCCCUCUGCUGCUUUAGCUGCUGACAACAAGCGUCAAUAUGCCAUCGCUCACAACUAUGCAUUUGUUGCUCGUUCGAAUGAAUUUGCUCAACAAGAAUUACGAACCACCAAGCGUCGAACUGUGUGGGGCAAGAUUGAUGCAGUACAAAAGGUGCUUCCCAAAUACGACUGGCUUUUCUGGAUGGAUAUGGAUGCUGUCAUUAUGAACCCUAAUAUCACAGUGCAAGGCAUUCUCGAUGAUUUGCGUGCUAAAUAUCCAGAUGGUCCUCGUGCUUUUGAGAAGAACAUUGAUUUGGUGAUUGCCAAGCCCACAAAGGAUAAGAUGAUCAAUGCCGGUGUUUUCUUCAUGCGUAACACAGAGUGGGCUCAAAAGUUUUUGAAUGCGGUACAAGAUUCCAAGAAAUGGUACAACCAAGGACCUUCUUAUGAACAAGGUGCUAUGUGGGAUUUGAUUCAACUGCCAGGCUACAAGGAGCGUGUCCUUUUACUCGAAAAUGAUGACCACACCUUCAACACAUUGCCCUAUCGCUAUGUGCCUGGAGAUUUCAUCGUUCAUUUUGCUCCUGAUAAAUGUCCUGGUCCUGCUGUUUUGAAUGGCCUUGAGGCUGCUGAAUUGAUUCAACAAGGCGAGGUUAUUACUUCCUUUAAAGAGGAUUAA